CUCUCUGUCUCUCAACCCCAUUAAUUUCGUCCCUUUUCCUCUUAAUUCUGCUUCUAAUUGAUUUUGUUUCUCUUUUGGGGGCUGAUUUAGGGUUAGGGCUUUGUAUUCCUCAAACCAGAGAAAAUUUUGGAAGAAAAAAAGAUGCAGCAGCCACCACAAAUGAUCCCCGUCAUGCCUUCAUUUCCUCCCACCAACAUCACCACCGAACAAAUUCAGAAGUACCUUGAUGACAACAAAAAGUUGAUUCUGGCAAUAUUGGAUAAUCAAAAUCUUGGAAAACUUGCUGAGUGUGCUCAGUACCAGGCUCUGCUUCAAAAGAAUCUGAUGUAUUUAGCAGCAAUUGCCGAUGCGCAACCACAGGCCACAGCUGCCCCUCCCCAGAUGGCCCCACAUCCUGCUAUGCAACAGGCAGGAUAUUACAUGCAACAUCCUCAGGCAGCAGCAAUGGCUCAGCAACAGGGUAUUUUCUCCCCAAAGAUGCCGAUGCAAUUCAAUAACAUGCAUCAAAUGCACGAUCCACAGCAGCACCAACAAGCCAUGCAAGGGCAAAUGGGAAUGAGACCUGGAGGGCCUAACGGCAUGCCUUCCAUGCUUCAUACUGAGGCCACACAUGGUGGUGGUAGUGGCGGCCCAAAUUCAGCUGGAGACCCAAAUGAUGGGCGUGGAGGAAGCAAGCAAGACGCCUCUGAGUCUGGGGCAGGUGGUGAUGGCCAGGGGACCUCAGCCGGCGGGCGUGGAAAUGGUGAUGGAGAGGACGGCAAGUGAAUUGGCCCUUAUGGAUAAUUGCAUAUGGAAGCAUGUGUCUGUUGAUAGUAGGUGUUUUCCUAAAGUAGCUGCUGUGCUCGGUGAUGUGUGACAGAUCGAAGUGAAGCAGCGAAAGUUGUCAGGUCUUUUAGCCUUUAAGCGAUUAGGUAGACGAAUUGUGUUGUAAGUCCGUUUGCAUGCACUGGAUUUUGGCAUCAAAAGAAACAAGUGGUGGGAGAAGACAGAUUUAGUUCACAAGUUCUUUAGAGAUGGAAGCAUGUGUUCUGCACAUGAUGUCUGUCUCAGUUUGUAACUCAUAAAAUGCAUGCAGCAAUGCGCCACAAAUUCUGAUCCUAUUACAAGUUUUGCUGCUAGGUUUUCGGCUUUUGUUUCGGUUUUUUCGGUGCUUGUGUACGAAUUCUUCUUAGCCAAAAUAACUUGAUUGAAGUUUAGAAGGCUUUGUAUCUUCAUAUAUUCGCCAACCGAGUAAACUGUUGGCUUCUCUCCUGAACUUUCACUUAGCUUUCGAUUCUCUCUAAACUUUUUAAUUGAAAAAUUAAGGACUUAAACUAA